AGGAGGAGAUAAGGCCGCGCGCUCUCCACCACCACGGCCGCGAAUGCAAUUACCCGCCAUGAGUUGCUCGCCGUCGCAGUCCUCCGCCGCCGCUGCCGCGGCGGCGUACGGAUGCUGCCAGCGCAUCCUCCUCGCGUCGACCUCCUUGCCGGCGACGGGGAGGCCCGCCCGCCUCGGUCUCAAGCUUCGCUCCACCCACUCGCUUCAGAUCAGGAACCGAAGGUUUGUCUGCCAGGCAAUGACUGAGACUGAGCCCGACGGCGACGGCAAUGGCGACGAGGUAGUUACGUGUGUUUACCCCCUUGUAAAUUCUUGGGUUAGGUAGUGAUCUGCAAUUGGCGUGCCAUGAUUCACAGUUACACUUCUGUUGUAUGGGCGACUGAAUGUUAAUAGUGUAUGUUUAUCAUUUUUUUCGCGAACGGUGUAUGUUUAUCAUUUUGCAGAGAAUUCGCGGAUGGCCUACUGUGCUUUGAAGUUUGAAGUGGGAAAACUCAAAUCAUCCCUUAAGGGGAUAUCCCCUCAUUUUUGCAUCUCACCUUGAAGUGUCGCAUUUUCGAUGUUUCAUCAUCUAUCCAUGAUAUCCGCAUGUGCUUCUUUCAACUGAAUUCAGUGUCGCGUUUUCUGAUGUAGUGGUGAAAUAUUCAGUGGAGUUAAAGCGACUAAAAAAUGUGGAAUUGAUGAGUAAGUUCAUGUUAUUCAUGUUAGUAGGAAUCCAAGGGGGUAAACAUGUUUUCUCUUUUGUUUGUUUCUUCCAGGAGAAAGAAGAGCUUGGAGAUGAUGCUUCAUCACCUUCGGUUGAUAGUGUUACACAAGAAAAUGGAUCUGCAGAAAGUGAGACUAAUGCAGAUAAUCUUUCCCAUGCCUCGCCAGACGAAAGACGAAACUGUAAAUACAGAACCACUCAGCUCCAGUGACACAGUUCAGAACAUUGAUGGAGAUGCUACUCCAGCCAGUGAUGCACAGGAAAAUGUGGAAGUAGUUGAUGUUGCUGUCGGUUCACCUUUGCCAGGAAUGAAGCAACAACUUGAUGAAUCUGUCAGGAUCCCCAAGGCUACAAUAGACAUUCUCAAGGAUCAAGUUUUUGGUUUUGACACGUUUUUCGUGACCAGCCAGGAGCCUUAUGAGGGUGGAAUACUGUUUAAGGGAAAUUUGCGUGGUCAGCCAGCAAAAAGUUAUGAGAAGAUCACAAAUCGGCUGCAGAACAAAUUUGGUGAUCAAUAUAAGCUUUUUCUUCUCAUUAACCCAGAGGAUGAUAAGCCAGUUGCAGUAGUUGUACCUAGGCAAACAUUGCAGCCUGAAACUACAGCUGUCCCAGAGUGGUUUGCUGCUGCUUCAUUUGGAGUAGUUACCAUCUUCACCCUUUUGCUCCGAAAUGUACCUUUGCUACAGGACAACUUGCUAUCAACAUUUGAUAACCUUGAGCUAUUAAAAGAUGGAGUUUAUGGCGCCCUAGUAACUGCGGCCAUAAUAGGCGUUCAUGAGAUUGCACAUAUCCUUGCUGCUAGGGAUACUGGAAUCAAGCUUGCCGUACCAUAUUUUGUUCCUAGCUGGCAGAUAGGAUCUUUUGGUGCUAUUACCAGAAUUGUCAAUAUAGUCCGCAAUCGUGAGGACCUACUGAAGGUAGCAGCUGCUGGACCAUUGGCAGGGUUCUCCCUUGGAUUUGUUCUUUUGCUGCUAGGCUUCAUCUUACCUCCAAGUGAUGGCCUUGGCCUUGUGAUAGAUCCAGCAGUAUUUCAUGAAUCAUUUCUUGUUGGUGGUCUUGCAAAGCUUAUUCUUGGAGAUGCUCUAAAAGAAGGAACAAAACUAUCCAUAAAUCCACUGGUCUUAUGGGCCUGGGCUGGUCUCCUGAUCAAUGCCAUCAAUAGCAUCCCUGCAGGAGAGCUUGAUGGCGGCCGCAUAGCAUUUGCCAUGUGGGGAAGAAAGAUAUCGUCUCGAAUCAGCAGCUUGGCCAUUGGACUUCUUGGAAUUUCAGCUCUCUUCAACGACGUCGCGUUCUACUGGGUGGUGCUGAUCUUCUUCUUGCAGAGAGGACCGAUUUCCCCUCUCUCUGAAGAAAUAACAGAACCUGAGAACAAUUACAUCAGCAUUGGUGUAGCCAUCUUGCUCUUUGGACUUCUUGUCUGCCUACCCUACCCAUUCCCCUUUGAUCCAUCACAACUAACUGAUUUUGACUUGUGAAACAAAAUCAGUCACAGGUCACAAGCUUUCUUCCUCCCAAAUUUAUGUUAGAUGCUGAGAUGUAUGUAACCUGUCGGCUCCCUGUUUUAUUUAUCUUAGCCUUGGUCAUAAAGAUUUGGAGUCUAUGAGCUCCAUUGCUCCUUGCAGUAGCAAAAUAAAAUGCAGGAGCAUUCCUGUGGUAGUUCAGUUGUUGUAGUAGUAUUUUGGUAGGAUGCAUCAGUGUAGAACAGCAUAUGAGCAGUUGAGCACAUGAUUCUGGAUGUAAUUUUAUCAGUGCAGUAGUUUUUUGCAUUAAGGAUGUAUAAUUGCCUAAUUGGAGUAUCUGUUGGUAGGAAGAGUAACACCUUAUUACAGAGCGCAA